AUGGCACAAAUAUUCUCCCCUCGAUCAAUACUACUCUGUGUAGUUUUCUUUUUCUCUACGAAUGUCCUCGCUAUAUCUGCUGUUCUCGGUAUAGAUCUCGGUACCGAAUACAUAAAAGCCACACUCGUCAAGCCUGGUAUUCCUCUCGAGAUCGUCCUAACUAAAGAUUCGCGAAGAAAAGAAACCUCCGCAGUCGCAUUCAAACCCUCGCAAAAUGCCCCUAAGAGUGGCUCAUAUCCCGAGAGGGCAUAUGGCUCCGAUGCCAUGGCUCUUGCAGCUCGGUUUCCUGGCGAUGUUUACCCUAACCUCAAGACCCUUCUUGGUCUUCCCACAGACGACCCGAUCGUGACGGAGUACACUGCAAGGCACCCUGGCCUACAAUUAGAGGCACACAAGACCCGAGGUACAGUCGCGUUCAAGAGCCAGGCUACUGCUAAGGAAGAAGCAUGGAUGGUAGAAGAAUUAUUAGCAAUGGAGCUUCAGAGCAUACAGCGCAACGCCGAAUUAAUGGCCGGUUCCGACGACAACGUUCGAUCUGUGGUUAUUACGGUCCCGCCAUUCUAUACCGUCGAAGAGAAACGUGCUGUGGAAUUGGCCGCCGAGCUCGUUGGUCUUAAGGUUCUAUCCCUUAUUAGUGAUGGUCUUGCUGUUGGGUUGAACUACGCUACGAGCCGAACAUUCCCUACUAUUAGUGAGGGAGCGAAGCCAGAGUAUCACAUGGUCUUUGACAUGGGAGCUGGAUCUACCAAGGCAACUGUCAUGAAGUUCCAAGGCCGAACUGUCAAGGAUAUCGGCAAAUUCAACAAGACGGUUCAGGAAGUACAAGUCGUCGGAGCCGGCUGGGAUAGGACUCUAGGCGGUGACGCUCUCAACUACUUGAUUGUGGACGACAUGAUCUCCAAGUUUGUUGAGACACCCACUGCUAAAAAGGCCUCUGUUACGGCAGAGAGCGUUCGGGGUCACGGACGAGCUAUGGCGAAACUUCUGAAGGAUGCCGAAAGAUUAAGACAUGUCCUUAGCGCCAAUGUCGAUACUUCCACUGGUUUCGAGGGCCUUUAUGAUGAUAUUGACUUUAGGUACAAGAUUACUCGAGCAGACUUUGAGAAGUUGGCUGAAGCGCAUGCCGAGAGAGUUAGCGCCACCGUCCAAAAGGCCCUAGAGGUAGCCGAACUUGACAUCAACCAGCUUGACUCUAUCAUUCUUCACGGCGGUUCCUCGCGGACGCCUUUCGUUCAGAAGCAGCUUGAAAAGAUUGCUAGCGGCGACAAGCUCCGUAGCAACGUCAAUUCAGACGAAGCAGCAGUGUUUGGCGCAGCUUUCCGGGCUGCAGAACUUAGCCCCAGCUUCCGAGUCAGGGAAAUCAGGAUCUCUGAUAGCUCAUUCUUCUCAGCGGGAAUGAAAUGGACGAAUCCCCAAGACAAACCUCAACAGCAACGACUUUGGACCGAGCGAUCUCUCCUCGGUGCUGCCCCGAAGGAAGUCACUUUCACAAACCACGAGGAUUUCUCGGUCCGUUUCUAUCAACAGGUACCAUCAGCCGACGGUACCGCAGUAGACCGGGAGACAAAAGCCUUGACUACGAAGAACCUGACGGCGUCUGUUGCAUCUCUCGUCGAGAAGGGUUGCGCUACCUCCGAUAUUCAUUUCAAGGUUAAGCUACGACUCAGCACUGAAAAUGGAGAGGUAGAAGUUGACAAGGCUGCCAUUGAGUGUGAGGCUGAGGUACAGGAAAAGGAAGGUUCGGUCAUGGAUGGUGUGAAGAACCUCUUUGGAUUUGGUAAGAACAAGGACCAGCAACCUUUGAAAGAAGGCGAAGAAGCCUCUGAGGGUGCCUCGACCACCGAGUCCACUGAUACGGCUACGACCUCUUCUGUGGAAUCUGGCUCUACUUCGACGACUGCAACUGAGUCGACAUCUGCUGAAUCUGCGGAGGGUAGCCCGGUGCCAAAGAAGAAGCAACUCGUUGUGGUUCCGAUUGACUACAUCGUAAAGAAGGCGGGUAUUCCAGGUCUAUCAAAAGCAGACCUUACCAAGUCAAAGGAUCGCAUCAAGGCUUUUGAGGCUUCGGAUAAAUCUCGACGAUUGAGGGAAGAAGCACUGAACCAACUUGAAGGCUUUACCUACAGGGUUAGGGAUCUACUAGAGAGCGAAUCUUUCGUGGCUGCGUCUACCCCAGAAGAGCGAGCUAAGCUAGAAAAGAAGGCUAGUGAAGCUAGCGAAUGGCUCUAUGAUGAUGGAGCUGACGCAUCUCGUGAGGCGUUCAAGGCCAAACUCAAGGGUCUAAAAGAUAUCGUUUCUCCCAUAGAGAAGAGGAUUGAGGAAACACAAAAGAGGCCAGAACUAGUUAAGAGCCUACGAAGCACAAUAGACCAGACGACCACUUUCAUUGAUACUAUCAAGGGGAAGAUCGCCGAGGCUGAUGCAUACAUAUCCUCUCUCAGUUCUAGCACUACUUCGACAAGUGAAACAGCUUCUACCGUCACCUCGGCCCCGUCUAAAGAUGCUGGUGAGUUUGACGGUCUUGAGGAUGAAGAAACCACAACUUCGACAACUACUACAGCCGCUGCAGAGGACCGCGGCCCGGCACCACCCCUUUACACUUUCGAUGACCUCAAGGAGAUCACGGAUCUUUCAAAGUCCGUCAUCGAUUGGUUAGAGGAGAAAAUUGCCGAACAGGAAAAGCUACCCGAGGCAGCGGAUCCCGUACUGUUAGCCAAGGACCUCAUAGAGAAGACCAAGAAGCUCGAGAAGGCUGGCAUGGACUUAGCAAUGAAGAGCGUCAGAAGUUAUGAAAAGAGUAAGAAGAAGAGCAGCUCGAAGAAGCCGAGCAAGAGUAAAGCUAAGAAGGGAUCUACUAAGACGGGUACCGACGGCUCGAAGCCGACGGUAGAAUCCAAGGACGGGGAAAACUACAUCAAGUUCGGAGAAGGAGGCAAGGGUCCGACUCCAGAGGAGAUCGAGGAGAUGAUCAAGCGUUUGUCCAAGGAACAACAGAAUAAGGAGGAACCUAGGACAAAGCAUGAUGAGCUAUAG